AUGCCGACACGCCGGCUUGGCCGGGCACAGGCUGUGGUCGGCGGUAGCCCGUGUCAACCAGCCGGCCCAGCGGGGCUCGGGCUGUGGUCGGCGGCCGGCUGGGUCUACAGGCCGGCCCGGCGAUGCUCGUGCAGAGGUGAAGCGGCCGACCGAGUAAACCGGCCGGGCCGGCGGUCCUCGGGCUGUGUUCGGCAGCCGCCCGGGUCAUCCGGCCGGCCCGGCCGGGCUCGGGCUGUGGUCGGCGUGCGCCCAGGUCAACCAGCCGGCCCGGCGGGGCUCCGGGUGUGGUGGGCGGCCGCCCGGGUCUACCAGCCGGCUUGGCCGGCCUCGGGCUGUGUUCGGCGGCCGCCCGGGUCAUCCGGCCUGCCCGGCCGGGCUCGGGCUGUGGUCGGCGUGCGCCCGGGUCAACCAGCGGGCCCAGCGGGGCUCCGGGUGUGGUCGGCGGCCGCCCGGGUCUACCAGCCGGCUUGGCCGGGCUCGGGCUGUGUUCGGCAGCCGCCCGGGUCCAGCAGUCGCCCCGGCCGGGCUCGGGCUGUGGUCGGCGGCCGCCUGGGACUACCAGUCGGCCCGGCCGGCCUUGGGCUGUGGUCGGCGGCCGCUCGGGUCAACCAGUCAGCUUGGCCGGGCUCAGGCUGUGGUCGGCGGCCACCCGGGUCAACCAGCCGGCUUGGCCGGGCUCGGGCUGUGUUCGGCGGCCGCCCGGGUCAACCGGCCGGCACGGCCAGCCUCGGUCUGUGGUCGGAGGCCGCCGGGGUCUACCAGCCGGCAGGCCAGCCUCGGGCUGUGGUCGGCAGCCGCCCGGGUCAACCGGCCAUCCUGGCCGGCCUCGGGCUGUGUUCGGCGGUAGCCCGGGUCUACCAGCCGGCCCGGCGGGGCUCGUGCUGUGGUGGAACAGCAGGCCGGGUAAACCGGCCGGCACGGGGGGGCUCGGGCUGUGGAGGAGCGGCCGCCGGGGGCAAACAUGCCGGCCCGGAGAGGCUCCAGCUGUGGUCCGCGGCCGCCCGCGUUAACCAGCGGGCUUGGCCGGGCUCGGGCUGUUGUCCGCGGCCCCCGGGGUCAACCAACCGGCACGGCCGGGCUCAGGCUGUGUUCGGCAGCCGCCCGGGUCAACCUGGCGGCCCGGAGAGGCUCCGGCUGUGGUCGGCGGCCGCUCGGGUCAACAUGCCGACACGGUCGGGCUCGGGCUGUGGGCGGGGGCCGCCCGGGUCAACCAGCCGGCCCAGCCGGGCUCGGGCUGUGUUCCGCGGACGCCUGGGUCUCCCAGUCGGCACGGCCGGCCUCGGGCUGUGGUCGGAGGCUGCCCGGGUUUCCCAGUCGGCCAGGCCGGGCUCGGGCUCUGGUCGGCGGCCGCCCGGGUCAACCGGCCAUCCUGGCGGGGCUCGGGCUGUGUUCGGCGGUAGCCCGGGUCAACCGGCCGGCUUGGCCGGGCUCGGGCUGUGGUGGAACAGCAGGCCGGGUAAACCGGCCGGCCCGGGGGGCUCGGGCUGUGGUGGAGCGGCUGCCGGGGGCAAACCAGCCGGCCCGGAGAGGCUCCGGCUGUGGUCGGCGGCCGCCCGGGUCAACCUGCCGCGGCCGCCGGGGGCAAACCAGCCGGCCCGGAGAGGCUCCGGCUGUGGUCGGCGGCCACCCGAGUUAACCAGCUGGCUUGGCGUGGCUCAGGCUGUUGUCGGCGGCCCCCCGUGUCAACCAACCGGCACGGCGGGGCUCCGGCUGUGGUCGGCGGCCGCCCGGGUCAACCAGCCGGCCUGGACGGGCUCGGGCUGUGGUCGGCGUGCGACCGGGUCAACCAGCCGGCUUGGCCGGGCACGGGCUGUGGUCGGCGGUAGCCCGGGUCAACCAGCCGGCCCAGCGGGACUCGGGCUGUGGUCGGCGGCCGCCCGGGUCUACCAGCCGGCUUGGCCAGGCUCGGGCUGUUGUCGGCGGCCCCCCGGGUCAACCAACCGGCACGGCGGGGCUCGGGCUGUGUUCGGCAGCCGCCCGGGUGAACCUUCCGGCCCGGAGAGGCUCCGGCUGUGGUCGGCGGCCGCCCGGGUCAACAUACCGACACGGUCGUGCUCGGGCUGUGGGCGGGGGCCUCCCGGGUCAACCACCCGGCCCGGCCGGGCUCGGGCUGUGGUCGGCGGACGCCCGGCCCGGGUCAACCGGCCGGCUUGGCCGGGCUCGGGCUGUGGUGGAACAGCAGGCCGGGUAAACCGGCCGGCCCGGUGGGCUCGGGCUGUGGUGGAGCGGCUGCCGGGGGCAAACCAGCCGGCCCGGAGAGGCUCCGGCUGUGGUCGGCGGCCGCCCAGGUCAACAUGCCGACACGGUCGGGCUCGGGCUGUGGGCAGGGGCCGCCCGGGUCAACCAGCCGGCCCGGAGAGGCUCCGGCUGUGGUCGGCGGCCGCCCGGGUCAACAUGCCGACACGUCGGCCCGGCCGGCCUCGGGCUGUGGUGGAGGCCGGCCGGGUUUACCAGUCGGCCCGGCCAGGCUCGGGCUGUGGUUGGCGGCCGCUCGGGUCAACCGGCCGUCCUGGCGGGGCUCGGGCUGUGUUCGGCGGUAGCCCGGGUCAACCGGCCGGCUUGGCCGGGCUCGGGCUGUGGUGGAACAGCAGGCCGGGUAAACCGGCCGGCCCGGGGUGCUCCGGCUGUUGUGAAGCGGCCGCCGGGGGCAAACCAGCCGGCCCGGAGAGGCUCCGGCUGUGGUCGGCGGCCACCCGAGUUAACCAGCUGGCUUGGCCGGGCUCGGGCUGUGUUCGGCGGCCGCCCGGGUCAAUCUGCCGGCCCGGAGAGGCUCUGGCUGUGGUCGGCGGCCGCCCGGGUCAACAUGCCGACACGCCUGCUUGGCCGGUCUCGGGCUGUGUUCGGCGGCCGCCCGGGUCAACCGGCCGGCACGGCCACCCUCGGGCUGUGGUCAACAGCCGCCCGGGUCAACCGGCCAUCCUGGCGGGGAUCGCGCUGUGUUCGGCGGUAGCCCGGGUCAACCAGCCGGCCCGGCCGGGCUCGGGCUGUGGUCGGCGGACGCCCGGGUCUACCAGCCGGCCCGGCCGGCCUCGGGCUGUGGUCGGAGGCUGCCCGGGUCUACCAGCCGGCAAAGCCAGCCUCGGGCUGUGGUCGGCGGCCGCCCGGGUCUACCAGUCGGCCGGGCCUGGCUCGGGCUGUGUUCGGCGGCCGCCCCGGUCAACUGGCCGGCACGGCCGGCCUCGGGCUGUGGUCGAAGGCCGCCCGGGUCUACCAGCCGACCCGGCGGGGCUCGUGCUGUGGUGGAACAGCAGGCCGGGUAAACCGGCCGGCCCGGGGGGCUCGGGCUGUGGUAGAGCGGCCACCGGGGGCAAACCAGCCGGCCCGGAGAGGCUCCGGCUGUGGUCGGCGGCCGCCCGGGUCAACAUGCCGACACGUCGGCCCGGCCGGCCUCGGGCUGUGGUGGAGGCCGGCCGGGUUUACCAGUCGGCCCGGCCAGGCUCGGGCUGUGGUUGGCGGCCGCCCGGGUCAAUCUGCCGGCCCGGAGAGGCUCUGGCUGUGGUCGGCGGCCGCCCGGGUCAACAUGCCGACACGGUCGGGCUCGGGCUGUGGGCGGGGGUUGCCUGGGUCUACCAGCCGGCAAGGCCGGCCUCGAGCUGUGGUCGGCCACCGCCCGGGUCUUCUAGCCUGCUUGGCCGGACUCGGGCUGUGGUCGGCGGCCACCCGGGUCUACCAGUCGGCCCGGCCGGCCUCGGGCUGUGGUCGGAGGCUGCCCGGGUCUACCAGCUGGCAAAGCCGGCCUCGGGCUGUGGUCGGCGGCCGCCCGGGUCUACCAGUCGGCCGGGCCUGGCUCGGGCUGUGGUCGGCGGUCACCCGGGUCUACCAGCCUGCUUGGCCGGCCUCGGGCUGUGGUCGGAGGCCGCCCGGGUCUACCAGCCG